GGUCGAAAUGAAAUACUACUAUGAAAACAAAAAGAAACGUUGACCAACCUAGGCAACUCCAAAGUUUAGAAGCAAAUGAUCCCUCUCAAUCUCACUCUCUCUCCUCCUUCACUUUCUCUCUCCUCUCCUUUCCUUCAUCCUUCCUCUCUUCCUAAACUCACUCAUUUUCAUAACUAUGCCCCAAUUUUACUCAAUCAGAAGCAGAAGAAGAAACUGUUGCAGCUGAGAAAAAGAGGAAUAUGCAGGGCAGAAUUACAGCAAGAGGCGCCUUUUGCGAUUGCAAUUGGCGCGUGUAUGUUGAAUUCCUUGUUAUUUUCUGACACCAGCGUUUCUUCGUCGGAAGAUGAAGACGCCGAAAUUAGCUCCACCGAUGCAAGAUUUGCUAUUAUGACUAUUAUUAGUUUAAUUCCAUACUUCAAUUGGUUGAGCUGGAUCUUCGCAUUGAUGGAUACCGGAAAACAACGUUAUGCUGUGUAUGCUAUUGUAUAUUUGGCCCCUUACUUCAGGAGUAACUUGUCGAUAUCUCCAGAGGAGAGUUGGCUGCCAAUUGCAAGCAUUGUUCUAGGUGUUAUUCAUAUACAGCUAGAAGCAAGUAUUAGAAGUGGUGAUCUUGACAGCUUCAAUUUAUUCAAUGAGGCUGCAAAGGGUCUUGGUUUGGUGAAGAAACAUAGUGGCGCGGAGGAUCUACAGGAACUGUACAAGGAGGGGUCAAGACAAGAAAACAAGAAGCUACUUUUGGGGCAGCAGUCGAAGGAUGAGAUUAUAAAAUGGGUAAUUCCUAGAAAACCUUCCCAAGAUCUGGAACAAUUGGAUGAAGACAGUGGUUCAGAUGAUGGAACGCAUCACUAAGGAAGAAUGGAUAGUUACGAAUACAACAGUAGCUUCUUCCUCAAAUAUGAGCAAGUGAAGUAAAAUAUGGCUAGGGCUAAAGCCAUGUACAUCAAGACUUCCUCAGGCCUGAUACAAUCAAAGAGAUUAGGUUAUUAAAAACAGCUUACUGGCAUUUGCUUUCAUGUGUGUUUUCUAGAACAUCUUACACAAUUCAGUAGGAAAACGGGCAUUUUACAUGAUUUUGGCUCAUAGUUUGCUCCUGUGAUACCUUUCUGCUGUCAAUCAAUAAACAUGUUUACUAUGUUAACUAUAGAGCAUGGAGUACAAGUUGCCAAGUUGGAUCCUUGCUUUUUCAUCCA